AGGUCAAGACUACGGUUGAUGUUUUGUAUUGGCAUUUCUCUAGAAACUAUUGUUCGUUUGAAAGUUAUUUUUCAUUCUAUUCUGAUCAUUUUGUUGUAACGUUUUCUUCUCAUUGUUGGAUGACUUUCCACCACAUAUAGCCUCUCCCAAAAUACAAGGUUUUAAACCAAACACUAAUAGAUAUUCUAAUUAAUUCAUCGGAAUAUAAAACAUAAAAAGGAAAAGUAGAACAAGAGAGAGACAAUACUGAGAUGGAGGAUUUCCAGUCUCCUAGAAUACGAUCUUACAAAUCGUAUGAAGGAGAUCGGAACCUCCAAUUGGUUGAUCCUGCCGAUUUAAAACCGGUGAGAGGGAUUUACGUUGUUAGGGAAUCAAAACGCAACCGAUCUCCCAUGACAUCGGAUCUAUGGCGCAAGAUCUCUUACAAAGACCUGCCCGUUAGACCGAGAAGAGCUUCUUCUCAUUCAACAUCGUUAAAAGGAUGGUGGAACGAUCCGGAGAUGAAGAGAAAGAGACGAGUGGCGAAGUACAAGAUUUAUUCAGUCGAAGGAAAGAUGAAGACAUCUUGGAGAAAGAGCUACAAGUGGAUUAAGGUCCAAUGCUCGAAGAUUAUUCAUGGAAUAUAGCUCUCCAAUGUUUAUCAUCUGUUCAGUAGUUUGAUUUUAAAGGGAAACUAAAGUCAUGCAUGCAUAUAUAUAUUUUAUUCGAUUUCAUUUAUUUCAUUCCUUUUGUUAAUUGUGUUAAUGGUAUAUUUUGAUGACAUUA